AUGAGACUUGUUGUCUUCGCCUCCCUGGCAUGUGUGUUUCGUCUUGGGUAUGGGGCCAUCGAUCUUGACGGCAAUCAAGUUGUUGAGCCUGCCACAACUAAGGAUGACCCUGCACCGAUUGGUGAUCUCACCACUUACUACUCUGAUCAACAUGACUGUCCACUGCCUUGUACCGACUACGCAAACGUACACAGUUGGAUUACCUAUUUCUCUGUUGAUCGCCUUCGACGUUGCCAGGGGCCUAUGCUAUUACAGUUCUCCAUCUCUCAGCUUUUCGAUGAUCCGCACUCGAAUAUCGUUAUACGAAGCUGCACACUGGGGACUGACUCAACUUCGAUUGCCAAUACUACCGCGACUAUAAAGCCAGUUGAGAACCCCAAGACGGCAGUUGAUAAUUUUCAACCGAGCCUUGAUGUCGCACCAGCCUGUGCUGUGAAUGGCACAGAAGUCCAGGAGAAAAUAAAUAUCGCAAGUAGCGGCAACGGUGGCAAAACGGAUGACAUCUCUCGCUUGCUCGAAGGAGUACAGAUGUUUUUCUCCGCUCAAGACAACUGUGACGAGCACAUCUUAUUUGCACACAACAAACAGACCGUGGCAGGCAUAUACAUUGGCGCGGGCCUUGGCAAGCCCACUGUCAAUUCAGUUACCGCAGGCUUGACGGCAAGCUUUUUGGGUCGCACCUCACUUCCUGACCGGGUUGUCGCUCAACUCUGCGGCAACGACCGCCAGCCGGAGCGAGUCUUCGGCAUUGCCAUCGAUAACACUCACGACUUGACUUUCGUCCAGAAAACAGUCUUGGCUUGGAGCCAGGGGACCUGCGUGGCUGACGCAAAGCUCACAGAAGCUGGUUCUCUCCCCGGCGCCAAAAUAUUCGAUAUUGCCAGCGAACCCCUGGCGCUGAAUAGCAGCAGCAGCAAUAAUACGUCUGCCCAAGACACAUUAUCUACAUCUCGGAUGAUUCGAAGACCACCAAGAGCUGGCUAUGUGAACGAAAAACGCGCAGAAUGCAAAUAUAUCAAAGUUGAAUCCGGAGACGGCUGCGCUUCUCUCGCCUCCAAGUGCGGAAUCUCCGGCGCCGACUUUACCAAGUAUAAUCCGAAUCCCAGCUUGUGCUCGACACUUGCGCCGGGCGAUUACGUCUGCUGUUCAGCGGGUGAUCCUCAUACAGACCCGAAGCCAGACCCCCCCAAACCAGGGGCAGACGGCGUCUGUGCGACUCAUCUCAUCGCGAACGAAGAAACAUGCGCCUCCUUGGCCAAGACGUUCGGUGUCACGGUUGAUGACAUCGAGAAGUGGAAUAAGGGCAAGACAUGGGCCUGGACCGAAUGUAAGGACAUGUUGUUGGGCUAUAAUAUGUGUCUCAGCGACGGGCUUCCGCCAAUGCCGCCGCCCCAACAGGGGACACAAUGCGGUCCAUUGGUACCCGGUACACAGCGGCCGGCCGAUUCGUCGACCUCCCUGGCCGAUCUCAAUCCAUGUCCCCUGAAGGCGUGUUGCAGUAAUUGGGGUUUUUGCGGUGUGUUCCCGGCACACUGCGACAUCCACGCUCCGCCAGGAGGUGGACCAGGCACGAAAGACAAGAACUUCUCUAAUACAUGUGUGUCAAAUUGCGGAAAUGAUAUCAAGCAAGUAUCAGGGCCGCCUGCGACUUUCCAGCGCGUUGGCUACUACUCGGCCUUCAAUAUGAACCGUAAAUGUCUUUGGUUGAAGGCUAAGAACUCCAACACCGAUGGCAGCUACACCCAUAUCCACUGGGCGUUUGGGGACAUCGACCCAAAUACAUGGAAACCUGUAAUCAAGGAUGGCAAGGAUGAAUGGUCUGACUUCAAGGCCCUUACCGGCGUCAAGCGCAUCCUCUCACUAGGCGGUUGGGCUUUUUCGACCGAGCCGGCGACCUACAACAUCAUCAGGCAGGCCAUUCUCGAGAAUCGAGAUGCCUUUGCAGAUAAUCUCGUCCAAUUCGCUAAGGACGAAGGCUUGGAUGGAAUUGAUAUUGACUGGGAGUACCCUGGAGCUCCCGAUAUCAUGGUUGGCGGCAAGCCGAUCGGUGACAAAAAUGACGGUGUUGGAUACCUCAAAUUCCUCACAGUUCUGAAGCAGAAGAUCGGUACCGACAAGUCCGUCUCGAUUGCUGCACCUGCUUCUUUCUGGUAUCUGAAGGCUUUCCCGAUCGAUCGCAUCGCCAAAGUGAUUGACUAUAUCAUAUACAUGACCUAUGAUCUCCAUGGUCAAUGGGACUAUGGCAACCCCAAUUCGUUUGACAUGUGUAACUCUGGCAAGUGUAUUCGAAGCCAUGUAAACUUGACUGAGACACGGAAUUCACUUUCCAUCAUCACCAAGGCCGGCGUACCCAACAACAAAGUCUUCGUGGGCGAGGCCAGCUACGGCAGAUCAUUUCACAUGGCACAAGACAGCUGCUGGGGUCCUAUGUGCGAGUUUACCGGCAGCAGAGCACAGUCAGACGCCAAUCCGGGAAGAUGUACGGACACAGGCGGAUAUCUCGCCGCAGCUGAGAUCAUGGAGAUCAUCUCAAAUGGUGACGGUGCGAAGACAUUCUACGACGAUAAAAGUAACUCGGAUAUCAUGCUAUACAAAGGCGAUUACAUCAGCUACAUGACACCAGCCACCAAAGACACGCGGCGUGACGACUGGAAGGCUCUGAAUUUCGCGGGCAGUAUAGAUUGGGCCCUCGACCUGCAGACUUUUGGUCGAGACGAUAUGGACCUCCCCCCUGACCGACCAGAAAGUGGAGAGGGUUGCGUCUACGGAGAAGACAUCACACUCGACUCUGGCGAUCUCUGCGACUUCUCUUGCAAUUUUGGGUUCUGCCCUGAAUCUUUGUGUACAUGCUAUGAGCAAGGACCGUUGGAAGACCUUCUACCCGAGCGACCGAUUGGUGAUAUCGUAGCUUGGGACGAGUUCAACGUUGAUCUAAAUCGCCUCUGCAAGUUUGCUUGCAAGUACGGACACUGUCCCGAGAACAUCUGCAUGACUCGACCUGUCGAGCCGGAGGUGGACGUUGAGACAGUCGACGACCCCAACUACUACGACUACGAGGCAGCCAGGCGGGAGAACGCUAAUAACUGCGUCAUAUACCGGUAUCCUCCCCAGGGAUUUGACGGAGCCCUGCAGUGCUACAAUCCAUGCAAGGCGAUAGUGGAACAGGCCAAGUCUGAGGAUAGGACUACGAACUACGGCUGUGUAGGCUGGUGGCCGGGCACCCAAGAGAUCCCCUGGCAAAAAGUCUCCGGCAUGGGCGAAGUCGCCGGUGGAAAGUGCUCGUGUGACAAUUGGUUGCUGAACGAACUGGCCGACGAUAUCAUUGAAGCCCUUCCAAUGAUUGCUCAGAUCGGCUGUUUCAUAAUCAUGUCCACUCUCAAGACCUUACUCGACGUAGGUUUAGAUUUUAUUCCUGGGGUAGGGAAAGCCAUUUCAGCCGGUCUGGACAUGGCCAUGACGGCCGCACAAAUGGUUGCCUACCUCUACGACGAGGAUCAAGAUCCAGGCGGCGCCUUCGAAUGGUGGCUAAGCCCCUGUGGCGGCAGCGAUCUCGUGCCAGACGAAAUAAAACAAGCCUUUGACAUUCUGAGCACUGUGGCAAGUGGAGUGUCGAGCUUCAAAAAGCCUAAGAACCUCCCCAAAGGAAGCGGCAAGAAGGGAGACAGAGGCAAUCCGAAGAAUCCAACAGCACCACGUCCAGGCAAUGGUGUCACCAAACCCAAGUCGGCAGCCAAAUGUCGAAUCAGUCCAGCUGAGGCCACCAAACGCUAUGGACAGGCCAAGAACACGCUUAGGAUGCAGGAGUGUGUCAAGGACAAGACGGUUGUGACUGAAUUGGUCAUCACCUCCCUGACCUAUGCGGCGAACGCAAAGCCAACCCAGGUCAUGGCGACGUGCGACCCUGCCUGGACGCAAGCUUGUUACCACUACGAGUCGGCCAUCUCUGUCAACCCUCAAUGGGCAACACUCACCUGCCCUCCCCAAGCGGCCUCUACGAAGCAUCGGGAAAAUGGGGUGGCAACAAGGAGCUGGAGCAGUCAACAUGGCGGCGCCGGUUGGAAAGACAAGGCGAACCGUUCAUGGAAGCGGACAUGCGACCGGGACGAGUAUCCGCCCGCCUACCUCCUCGAGCCAAACGACCCAGCUAUGGUGUUCGGCGGCGUAGACUCCCGAGGCCAACUUGUGCGUUACCUACCCGACGCCGAAAACCGCCCGGCCGGCAGCAUGUGGAAGGGAGUGUGCUUCAAGCCCCCAGUGGCCGACAUGUCCGACAAGGACCUUGAGAACAAGGUCAAACAGGCGCCCGUCGGUGCCAAGCAGGUCAUCCAGCAGGGCGCGGGUUCCAAGAUACUCUUCAAGACCCAGGCGGCUAUCACUGUCGACCAGCGGCCCGAGUUCACCAUGAAGUACGACCACAAGGCGAGACCGAACCAUGGCUUGAACGACAACCCGUGCUGGCCUGACGGCAUUGCGAGACGUGAUCCGGGCUUUGCUCUCAUGACUUUCGAUCCGUAUUAUGUCGGACAGGCACCACCUUACAACUAUCGGGCCAAAUAUGAAAAGGGGGUGAACGGGGAUUAA